GCGGGCUUCGCCUCAGGGCUGACCCUCACCCCUGUCCCUCAACCCGGUCCCUCAGGGCUGACCCUCAUCCCUCGUCCUUGUCGCUCAUCCCAGUCCCUUAGGGCUGACCCUCACUCCACUCGCUCAGCCCGACGGCGCCAGAGCCCUCAGCCCGCGGCCGGCGCUGCCGCCUCCGUGUGAGGCACUGCGAGGGUCGCCCUGCUCUCCCUGAGCUUACUGUUUUUCUACAGCGUUUUCUCUGGGUUUUAGUUGCUUAUCUUCAGAAGAGGCCAGAAAACAACACGCUCUAAGCUCCUAUGCGGUGCAAAAACUCUCUAUAAAGUGAAAUCAAAUCUGGAGUAAUCAAUACAUCGUUGCCUGUUAAGACUCAGCAAAGAAAUGAAAAGGAGUUUUGGUGACACCUCAACUCGCAGCACAGCAGGUUGUCUGCCUGUACCACUGUUCAAUCAGAAAAAAAGAACUAGACAGCCCCUCACUUCAAAUCCAAUUAAAAAUGAGCCAGGUGCCAGUUCUGGGACUCGUCCAUAUGACUUCUCUCCCACAUCAUUUGGCUGGGGAACUGCAAACCCAGAAGUGGCUGAACUGCAGAAAGCAGCAAACAGUGGCCAAACAGAACAUCAGAUGGCUCCUUCCCUCAUGAAACCACCAAAUGCAUCAAAGUUUAAUUUAGCAAAUGCUGGAAAAAACUUGGCUGCCUGCAGGAACAGAAAUGAGUAUACUCUGAGUAACACAGCAGAUUCAAGGUCUGAUAGUGGAAUUACUCGAAAGUUUGGGAACCUUUCAAAUAAUUGGAAAACUGUCCAGCAGCAAAAACCCCCUGGUAACCAUCGUAAUUCAUCUCAGCUCCUGAAAACAGAAACCAGCCAGACAAACACAGCUAAAGGACAGUGGCCAGUGAAACCUAACCCUGCAUCAAGAAGUCUGCAGGGUCAUAGUCCAGCAUAUAAAUUUAACUACAAUAUUCAGCAAAAUAAAAUGAAUGGAAACCAAAUUGAUUUUGUCCCAGAAGAAAAAAGUCAGGAAGUUCCAUCAUCUCAAAUAAAAAUUAGAGACAAAAGGAAUUCUUUGCGAGUCCUGUCUGCAGUCAUUGAAAGUCUGAGGCACUGGAGUCAAUAUUCUUACAAAACUGCACUGUUAUUUGAAGUCUUAGGCACACUGGAUUCUGCAGUCACACCUGGAGCUUAUGGGGCAAAGAACUUUCUUCUGAGAGAUGGAAAGGAGACCCUGCCUUGUGUGUUUUAUGAAAUUGCACAAGGUGAUGCUGCAGGAGACAGUGAAGGGGAAAGUCCUUCCCAGCACAAGGAACAUCCCCAGCACAUCUCACACUCCCUGAUCCUCAACCAGCUGCCCCUGCUGGAGGUGCCCAGGACAGGAAGGAGCCCACAGACCUGGACACUGAGUUCUUGGCAGCUGUGUUUCUGCAUUUAGGGUCUGACAUUACCCAAACAUGCAGAAGCUGAAGCUAAAUACAAAGAAUGUUUGUUAUUGCUGGGUCUGCAUCACCUGAGUUCUCACACGUGGUGUUUGUUGUUGCUGAGUCCUCAUCACCUGAGUCCUCCCCAGUAACUCCCAGCCACUGCUGACUGCAGGGCAGCCCAAAGGCAAGUCCAGCACAGUGGGUCAACAGUAAGUCAUAUUUUAUUUCUACUUUAUAAUCUCUUGCCCUCCCAGACAGUUACAGUCUCACCCUCAUCCUUUUUGCUUCUCUGGUGUCCUACAGCCAGGUGGUAAAUGGCAGUUUCUCCUCUGAAGGGUUUGAGAGCCAAGGCUUGGUUUUAUUUUUACGAAGUAGAUUUCUGAAGUUGUUUGAUUUCUAAAGAAAACAAAGGACGGCACUUCUUCCAGGGGAAAUGGGGCUUUUUGUAGCAAAAAAAUUGUUGGUGAUAAUAGUGAAUCAAUGGCACUUCUACUCAAGGAAAAAAGAAUUUGCUGCUAUUUUAAAAUCUAAUAAUCUAUAUCUCCUUAUCACUGCAAUGGUUUAUUCAUUUCAUUAAGAUCCUGUAAAACUGUUUAAUUAUUUAAAUCCAUCACAUACCAUUUUCCAGUUUAUUUUAAACCAAGUCAAAGCACUGCAGUUCUCUGGAGGGUGUGCAGAGGGCACCAGUGUACAAGGCUCUCAGAUACCAUGACAAAAAAAGGCUAUUUCCAUUUCCACUUCUUUUGGCAAGACUGAUGGAGUUUUCAACAUAUGAAACACAAUAAUUG